GAGUUUUGGAAGGUUUGGCUGGAACAUUGAAUCAAUUACAAGGCACUGGGUCCCAGUCUGUUGCAUCUGAGAGGAGAAGGAGACACAUCUGCAGGACCCUGGGAUUUAUACACACAUCAACACACACAAACAUAUUUCAUUUUUUGCACUUUUAAUCUUCUUAUUGGGAGUUACUAUCGACUUUUACAUAGUGGAAAGGUAAGACGCAAUUACUUUGCACUUAAAUAGGCAAAACUUUGGAUGUGCUGAAUGAUUAAUUACAGGUAGUUGUAUUAGGGUGCUAGUGUUGAGGUUUGCAUUUAGGUGCUAGGACUGGGCAUAGGGGAGCGCAAACAUAACUGUACAGUCAGGGAGGGUCACUCAGUUCUGGACACACAUGAUUCACCCUGGAUAUGUGAAUGAGAUCCCGUUGCAUUCCAAAUAAAGGGAUAACCAAGAGGACCACGAAGCUGGAGGAGAUGCCAUCAACAUAUAACGGCUAAGGAUGGGACUUGGGGCAACUUGCCAAGCUUCUCCCUGACUGCCUAUUGCUCGACUCUAUACAGGGUGGAUGUACAAUAAGGAUUUGCCACUGGGAAGCACUACAUUUGCCUCUGAGAAUUGCUGAUCUGGGCACAGUUCUUCCUUGAGUUCUCGGGCAAUUUCUCUUUUCUGGGGCCACUAUUCCCAGUCACAUUGGGGACCUUCCUGAAGCGGAGAGUGAGUUCUUAUCGAAGAAUCUUGGGGAAUAUUUGUGUCGUUUUGGAUUGUAGAGAAUUCUGGUGGGUCCUGUAGAGAGAGGAGAUUUGGGGCCAAAAUAUUGUUGGAUAAUUCAUUUCUAUUUUGCGUUUGGGUGUGUGGCUGAGAGAUCCUGCUGGAUACAGUUGUUACAGUCCAUGAUGCCUACCACGAGGGCAUCCCUUGUUUUGGGGUGUCUCCUGAUUAUAGGUCCGUGGGUCAUUCUUGCUCAAAAUCCCCUGCCCUCAAUAUUUCCUGAAAAGGAUGAGUUGGUUCAGAGGUUGCACUCCUCCUUUUCACUAACGUGCACUGGUGAGAGUGAACUGAGCUGGCAGCACCCCCAUUCCGAAUCUGAACUGGGGAAUGUAGUCAUUGGAAGCGAAGAAAACAACAGCGGCCUCUUUGUGUCUGUUCUGGAAGUGACCAACGCUUCCGCCUCCAAUACGGGCCUCUACACCUGCUACUACAAUCACACCCAGACUGAGGACAGUGAGAUUGAAGGCACUGAUAUCUACAUCUAUGUCCCAGACACCAAUGUCCCUUUUGUUCCCCCCGGGUUGUUUGACCAUAUCAUUGUGGUUGAGGAAGAUGAAUCUGCUUUCAUACCUUGUCGCACUACCGACCCUUCCAGCCAAGUGACCCUAAAAAGUAUCGAAAAUUCUAAGACUGUCAGUGCCUUUUAUGACAGCAAGCAAGGAUUUGUUGGAAACUUCCAACCAGGAUCAUAUAUCUGUGAAACCGUCUCUAACAAAAUGGUCUACCAGACAGACCUUUACAUUCUACAGACAUGGAAAGCAACGCACAACAUUUCCGUUGAGAUGGAAGCCCCCCAAACUGUAUUUCGAACUGGGGAAACCAUUACCAUUUCCUGCAUUGUGCUGGAGAAUGAGGUGGUAGAAUUGAAGUGGUACUACCCUGGACAACAGAGAGGCGUUGGCAAAAGAAAUGUUGAAGAAAGCAGGGUUCCAUCUCAGAGACUGGUGUACACCUUAACCAUUGCAAAUGCCACUGCGGAUGACUCAGGAGAGUACCAGUGUGCCGUUCUACAUGCAACACUAGAUAACAAGGUCAUCAAGAAGACAAAUAUAACAGUUCAUGAAAAGGGAUUCAUCAAUCUGGAGCCCAUGUUUGGAUCUGAGGAAUAUGCCAACCUCCAUGAAGUGAAGAGCUUUAUAGUAGACUUGCAUGCCUAUCCCUGCCCUAGGGUCUUCUGGUUGAAGGACAACCGGACACUGAGUGAAAAUCUGACAGAGAUCACGACUAGCACUGUUACAACUAAAGAAACCAGGUUUCAGAGUAAACUUAAACUGAUCCGGGCCAAAGAAGAAGACAGCGGACUGUACACUCUUGUGGCACAAAAUGACGCAGAAACUAAAAGCUACUCGUUUAUUUUGCAGAUAAAAGUACCCGCUUUGAUAUUGGAACUGGUUGAUGAACAUCAUGGGACAUCUGGUGAACAGACUGUUGGGUGCUUAGCCAAAGGGAUGCCGGUCCCUGAUGUGGAAUGGUUGGUCUGCAAAGACAUCAAAAGAUGCAACAAUGACACCUUGUGGUCCCUUCUGGCAAUAAAUGGGUCAGAAAUCAGUAUGGAGACCCAUCAAGAUUAUGAGAACACAAUAGAAAGCCAGGUGACCUUUAAGAAAGUUGAGGAAACAAUGGCAAUCCGAUGUAUCGCAAGAAACGACCUCGGUGUGGUGGCCAGGGAACUAAAGCUGGUUGCACCCACCCUACGUUCUGAACUAACUGUGGCAGCCGCCGUCCUUGUCCUUCUGGUGAUUGUCAUCAUAUCUCUCAUUGUACUGGUCAUCAUAUGGAAACAGAAACCAAGGUAUGAAAUAAGAUGGCGAGUGAUCGAGUCCAUCAGCCCAGAUGGCCAUGAAUAUAUCUAUGUGGACCCAAUGCAGCUUCCUUAUGACUCUCGGUGGGAGUUCCAAAGGGAUGGACUUGUUCUUGGUCGCAUCCUUGGCUCUGGGGCUUUUGGGAAAGUGGUUGAAGGCACAGCAUAUGGGUUAAGUCGUUCUCAGCCAGUUAUGAAAGUUGCUGUAAAAAUGUUGAAACCUACUGCCCGGUCAAGCGAAAAGCAGGCACUGAUGUCUGAACUGAAGAUCAUGACACACCUUGGCGCACAUCUCAAUAUAGUCAAUUUAUUAGGAGCCUGUACUAAGUCAGGACCAAUUUAUAUCAUAACUGAAUACUGCUUCUAUGGUGACCUCGUGAAUUACCUGCAUAAGAACCGAGAUAAUUUUCAGAGCCGACACCCAGAGAAAUCAAAGAAGGACUUGGACAUCUUUGGGCUGAACCCAGCUGACGAGAGUACGAGAAGCUAUGUUAUCUUAUCAUUUGAAAACAACGGCGACUAUAUGGACAUGAAACAAGCUGACACCAUGCAGUAUGUACCCAUGCUGGAAAUGAAAGAACCCUCCAAGUAUUCAGAUAUCCAGAGAUCCUUGUAUGACCGGCCUGCGUCGUACAAGAAGAAGCCUUUGUCAGAAGUGAAAAAUAUCUUGUCUGAUGAUGGAUUCGAUGGAUUCGAUGGUCUAACAGUACUGGACUUGCUCAGUUUCACAUAUCAAGUUGCAAGGGGCAUGGAAUUCUUAGCCUCUAAAAAUUGUGUACAUCGGGAUUUGGCAGCUCGGAAUGUCCUAUUAGCACAUGGGAAAAUUGUAAAAAUCUGUGACUUUGGCCUAGCAAGAGACAUCAUGCACGACUCCAACUAUGUAUCCAAAGGCAGCACUUUCCUUCCAGUAAAGUGGAUGGCGCCCGAAAGCAUCUUCGAUAACCUGUACACAACUCUCAGCGAUGUGUGGUCAUUUGGAAUCCUGCUGUGGGAAAUAUUUUCUCUUGGGGGCACACCGUAUCCUGGCAUGAUUGUGGAUUCAACCUUCUAUAAUAAGAUAAAAAGUGGCUACAGAAUGGCAAAACCUGACCAUGCCACCCAUGAAGUGUACGACAUCAUGGUAAAAUGUUGGAACAGUGAACCAGAAAAAAGGCCAUCAUUUCGCCAUCUGAGUGACAUUGUGGAAAGUCUACUUCCUAUGGAAUACAAAAGGUGCUACGAGACAGUUCUUCACGAUUUCCUUAAAAGUGACCACCCUGCAGUUACUCGCAUGAGAAGUGACAGUGACAAUUCCUACAUUGGGGUGACGUAUAAGAAUGAAAACAAAAUGAAGGACAGAGAGAGUGGGUUUGAUGAGCAAAGGCUGAGCGCUGACAGCGGUUACAUUAUUCCCCUUCCUGAUAUUGAUCCCGUUUCAGAAGAUGAGUCCAGCAAGAGGAACAGGCACAGUUCUCAAACAUCAGAAGAAAGUGCAAUCGAGACCGGGUCCAGCAGUUCCACUUUUAUAAAGAGGGAGGACGAGACCAUUGAAGACAUUGAGAUGAUGGACGACAUUGGGAUCGAUUCCUCGGAUCUAGUGGAGGACAGUUUCCUGUAAGAUCUUGCCGAAUCCAUUCCACUUGCCAAGCCAUUCAAACUAAAGGGAAAGGCUGUGAAAUCUAGAGAUUUAUAUUUUUUAACUAAAAAAAAAAACUCUCUCAAUGCAUCGAAGAAUAAAACUUGGAAAUAUUGGCCUUGUCGGCCACGUGGUACUUAAAGGGACUGAGUUCUAUCAGAAUCACUCUACGGAACUGGAAGUAAUGGUUGGCACAAAGACCAAAACCCUCUCGGAGUCGUUUCUCUAACGGUACAUCGUAGCAUCUCAGUAUGUUUGUGGAUUUUUGUUCUUAAAUACGCGGACAGACAUUGAAAUAGCAGCUUCCUGUUUUAAGGGCAUUCGUGGCUGUGAAGACCAGAAACCACACAGCAGUUGAAUUCCGCCGUUGUAAUUAUGUAUAUAAGAAAAACCUUUUAUUUGGACUGAAAAGAUGGAGACCACUUUUGUACACCAAUGGCUGCUGUUACUCAAGCAUCAAAACCACUUCUGAAACCUUUUAAUACUGAAGGAAUUGUGUUUUUUUCAUGAAUUAUGCACCCGAUGACAUUCUGGGCUCGACGACCCGUUUAACUCUUUCAUUUUUAAUGAUAUUUUCUUGUGUACGUACUGCAAGUAUUAACAUAAAAAAUAGAUGUAUUUUUGAUAACACUUUGAUAUUAAUUGCAUUAACCAAAAAAAAAAACCCACAAUCCUUGGGUUAAUCAGCUAACAAGGAGUCUUUUUAAAAUGAAAAAGUACUAUUUUUGGUGUAUUAAUGCAGAUAUUAAGAAUGCUUAAAGCAGAAUUUAGCUAAUAUGCAUUAGAACUGACAGUAGUAGUAACCACUACAGGGAUUAUGUGGGAAGUAAUGUUGUGUUUGAAUUGAUUUGUGCAUAGCAAGUACUAGAUCUUGUAACAUUGCAACUAAUUCUGUGCAUUACAAACCCUGACCCUUGUGUCUCAGUGUACUAAAACCAUUCCUGAUGGGGCAGAUAUUAGAGAUGAAUUUAAAGCUAGAGCAGAACCCAUAGUGGUCCUAGGAAGGUCCAGUUAUAGUCAGGUACAUCUAACUUGUAGUCAUACAGCUGUAAGUGUCAAACCCAGCUAGAAUAGACAUGGUACAGAAUCAGUAUUACUGUGAUACAUCUCACUGCUCAGGGCCCACUGGUACUUUCACUUACAUAUAACAGACACACAAAUGCACACAGUGUCAGCUAUUGCAGGGAUUUGCCAUUGCAGGGUACUUGUUUUUCUAAUGAUGCGGCAUGCACGUUUUUUAGUUAAACUUCUUGCAUUUACAGGGGAAUGUAAUAAAAUAAUAAAAUAACAGAAAAUAUGUGUGCAGCUGUUCAAACAGUAGGCACCGAAUCCAGGAUGCAGUUCAGGAAUCGGCCAAAUCCCAGCACUUUUAUAAGAAUUCUGAUUCGCCCGAAUCCUAACUGUUCAGCCAAACUGAACCCUUAAUGCCAUGUGAUUUACAGCUGUGAGAAACUGAACGUCUAAAUAUUUGCCAUUUUUAAACAUCUGUAUAGGCCAAUGAGGGUUCAGUUUGGUAUUCGUCCGCAUCUUUUGUGGAAGAUUUUUGGCUAAAUACAUGAAUUCAGCCAAAUCCAUACAGUGUAUGUAAUACAACUUCCUAGAAAAGACAAGAGGGGUCAUUUACUGGCUGCAGGGCAGGGUGCAACAUGUGCAAACACAGUUAAAUCUGCUGUUUUUGCCUUUAUACCCUGCCUUUCUAGUUACCGCAGGUCUCUGUGCUCCAAAACUGGGGAGUGCUGAGGUCUGUUUUCACCACUUGAAUACAGUGCAACCUGUGUUCAGCAGCUCUGUAUUCAUGAGAGGAGGGGUGGGGACAUGGAUACCUUAUUUCCCACCGGAGCAAGUCUGCACCUCAUGCCAGAUUUCUUAUCCCAGACACAAGUUCUCUUUCUAACGGAACUUUUGUGCAACUUGUGCCUGGGGCCUCAGUGAAUGACCCCCAUUAUUUAGUGACAAAACAAUCACCUUCAAGCGGGUGUAAAAAUAAAAGUGCAAUGCACAAUAAAAAUCUGCCAUGUAAUAACAUUACAAGCAGCUAUAUUACAUUGUGAGAAUGCAAUCCUUCGUUCUAAAUUGAGGGGAUUUGAAUUACAUUCCCCCAAUAUUUCUGUGUUUACCUUUUCACAAGAUUUCGGUUCCAUAAAAACUGCCGCAGCCUUUUAGCGCAGCUCGCUCGGUGCCAACAUGAACUGGAAAAUGGUUCAUUAUGAAACCAAAAUCUGACCUUGUGGACCAAGUCUGAAAGACGUUUUUUUUUGUUUUUUAUAAAAGCUGCAAUAACGAUUUAAUAAAAUAUGUAGAGUGAAUAAUAACCGGCAAUAAUGAUCUAAUGAAUUAUGUACAGUGACGUUCUUAUCCUGCUCUCAGACCUGGAACGGAAGUGUCUCUCCAGCAUCUCAAGGAGAGAAUCCCUCAUUCUCCGCAUUGUUUUUACACAGCAAUAAUGAUAUGAAAUGGGGUCUGUAUUACUUAGUCCUAAUAUCUGAUGAAGGACGUAAGCUAAGAUGAUGUUAUACAUCAAUUUGUAUAUUUUUAUUACUAUAUAGUCCUUAAAUACUGCCAAAACAAUUAUGUUAAGCUAUAUCACUGCCUUUGUUUAUACAGUAUUUGUUUUGACUGUGUUGUACUCCACAGAUGCGUAACUGUUGCACUUUUAAAUGUUGAAAUUAUAUUUUAGAAUAAUAAAAAUCUACAUGUUUGUAAAA